UUAUUUAGCGUUGGCUUCUCCUUUUUCAGACGAUCAAACUUCUCAAAUUUCACGUCAAGUACUUGCAUGAUUUAAUUCUUUCCUGCUCUUGAAAGCUGGGACAUUACUCUGACACACUGGUCAUAGUUUGGGCUUAGAGUUAGUAUUUGCAAAUGCAAAUAGAAAUUUAAAUACUCGAAGCAACUCCGGCGCACAUGUUCUCACCUGAUAAUGAACACUUGUGUGUAAAGCUACAGCGUAUUUCGUAGGAGAGUAAAAGAAAAGCAUUGGUAUUCACACAUUAAUGUUAACUUUGGGUCAGUCUCCAGCAGCCAUUAUUUUCCAGAAGUGAAGUGAGUGACAUAGCCUCUUGGCUAACUGUGCACAACCAGUUUCCAUGGCAGCAUCCCCAUCUACAGCCUCUCUCGUAGCUUCUGUGGCUAUGCGGUGUGGCCAGCCAGGAACACAGGAGUGUAUUAUCACAGUAGUUAGCAGCCUGAGGAUGAGGAGGACUUUCUCUGCUGCAGAGCUGUGAGCCGUUGGAAAAGGGAAAAAAAAAAACAUUUGGGAGGUACUUACAGGGUAAAAAGAGGAACUGACCUGCAUAAAGGCAGCGGUAGUAGCCGGAGUUGUGGCAGUCGAGAUCCUUCAGGGAGACUGAUUUCAGUUGCUUCAAACAACAGAGAAAGGUGUGGCUUUUUUUUUUUUAAAGAUAUUGCUUUACUUUGAGGAAAAAAAGGUUCAGAGUGCUGUGGCUGAAACCUUGUGGGAGGAAGUGCAUGUUGACACAAAAGCCAGUGAACAUGUCCGUGUGAGUUUUUCUGCUGCCGAGUGUUUUUAUGUGAGUGACCAUGCCGGAGCCGCAGAACAAGUUGUCGGUGCGACGCUGGCUCACCUUUGCCACAGGCCUGGUGGAAUGUCUGUGCUUCGCCGGAGCCGUGUUUGGAUGGGCUUCCCUUGUUUUCGUCCUCAAAGAGGAACGUUACUUCAGCUCUCUGUGUGUCAACACCACAGGACUCAACGGCACGCAAACUCUGGACUGCAGCGCACAGGAUGAACAGUUCUCGCUCAUUUUCACCAUCGCCUCUUUUAUGAACAACUUUCUGACACUGCCCAAUGGUUUUCUGUUUGAUCGAUUUGGUACCACAGUGGCUCGACUCUAUGGAAUAUUCCUCUACACCAUGGGCACCUUGAUGGUGGGUUUCUCCUCAUCAGCUCUGGCCUACAUGCUCUUACCGGCUCUUUCUUUUCUGGCUGUUGGGGGAAUCCUGUUUCUCAUGACAAAUAUGCAGGUCGGAAACCUGUUUGGCUCCCGUCGUUCCACCAUCAUCACCCUCUACAACGGGGCGUUUGAUUCUUCCUCAGCGCUCUUCCUCAUCAUCAAGCUGUUGCAUGAGUCUGGCGUCUCUCUCCGUGCUGCCUUCCUCUUUCUGUCGGCCUGCAGCGUCGUCCACGUCCUCAGGACGUUCUUCCUGCUCCCCAGAAACCUUAUUCCUUACCCGCUGCCGGAUCGCUACACUUACGGGGUCUCUUGCGGUAAAUCGGUGACUGUGAGCGCAGAGGUGGCAGCAAAUGGUGAGGUGCUUCCAGCAACUGAAGAAACUCCUCUCUCAAAGGACGCUCCUGUCAAACAAGAGAAGACUUUCCGAGAGUGUUUGCUGUCCUGGUUCUUUAUGUGGCACCUGCUCUGGCUGUCGGUGAUGCAGCUCAGGCACUACCUGUUCAUCGGCACGCUCAACCCCAUGCUGCAGAGGCUGACCGGAGGAGACGCCAUACUGGUGAGCCAGUACACCAACGCCUUUGCCAUCACCCAGCUCUGUGGAGUGCUCUGCGCUCCCUGGAACGGCCUCAUCAUGGACCGGCAUAAAGGCAAACCGCGAGCUGCAGGGGAGACGGAGCAGGAAGCCGACCUGCGGGCGUCUGUGCUUUCUUUAUUCCUGACGGCGCUGCAGUGUGUCUUGUUCUCCCUGUGCGCCUCCACCCUUUACCUCCCGCUUCAGUACCUCACCUUCAUCCUGCAGGUGCUGAACCGCUCCUUCCUCUACGGCGGAAACGCAGCCUUCAUCAGCGUGGCGUUUCCAUCUUGCCACUUCGGGAAGCUGUACGGUCUGGUCAUGGCUCUGUCUGCAGUGUUUUCUCUGCUGCAGUAUCCCUGCUUUGCUCUGGUGAAAGGACCUCUGGGUGGAGAUCCUUUAUACGUGAACGUCGGCCUGACGCUGCUCAGCGUGCUAGCCUUCAUACAUCCYGCCUUCGUCUACAUGCACUGUCGAAAUCUCGCCUCUGAGAGAGYGAARAGCACAGCCUCGUCYUAAAGAGCGCAAAACGAGRAUGGUGAUUUGUGUAUAAAGCUUUCCACCUUGGUGGUUGAACACCAUUUCCUGACUAGAAACUAAAARAACUUUAUUUUCAGUAAAUUUUGUGAUGAUUUUACAGUUUCACCUUAA